GUUCACCGCGGGUAGUUUAUCAUGGGACUUUAUAAACAAUACUUCAGGAUAAGUCGAUAUGCAAAAAAUCAGUUCCUUGGUCAUCAGGCAAAGAAUGUUACGAAGGAUGGAAUACCUGUACAAAUGCUUAUAUCACAACAUCUUAGCCACAGUCGGCUAGCUGUUAUCUUGAUAGGAGUUUUCACUUUAGCUAUAGGUAUAAUAUUUUCAUCCAUACCAUGGUUGGACUAUAUAAUAUUAAGGAAUUUAAAAUUAAGAGAUGGAUCACUAAGUUUUCAAUACUGGCAAAAACCCGGUGUGAUCCGAUUAACAAAAUUGUACAUAUUCAACGUCACAAAUGCAGAUAACUUCCUGGCUGUUGGGGAGAAACCAAAAUUGCAAGAGAUCGGACCAUUUGUAUACAGAGAAGAUAUGGAGAAAGUCAACAUUCAAUUUCAUGAUAACGGGACAGUAUCUUUUCAACACAAGAAAAUUCUACAAUUCGUUCCAGAACUUUCGGCCGAUAGGAACAAGAAAAUUGUUGUUCCAAACAUCCCUCUCCUGACAUUAGCGACGCAGGCAAACAGUAUGAAUUAUUUCGUUCAGAAAGCCAUCUCGAUCAUGUUAAGCAUGAAUGGAUUUGAACCGUUUGUCACCCUCACAGCAGAUGAAUUGGUUUUUGGUUACGACGACAGACUUGUUUCCCUUGCUCAUCAAUUUUAUCGAAAAAGCAAACGACCAGGCGAAAAAAUGGGCCUGCUCAUCAACCGGAAUGGGACCCUGCCAGAAGUUCACAAUAUCAACACAGGUGUGAAUGGAAUGGAAGAAUUCGGACUGAUCACAAAACUGAACGGGAAGAGUUUCCUUCCCUUCUGGGACCAGGAACCUUGUAACAGUCUGAGCGGAAGCGAAGGUUCUUUUUUUCCACCAAGAUAUUUUACCAAAGCAGAUAUUGUUCACCUUUAUGAUAAGGAUUUGUGUAGGACGCUACCUUUGCAAUACCGUGGGCCAGUUACGAAACAUGGAAUUUCUGCAGACCUCUACACACCGCCAGACACCACGAUGGAAUCAGUAGAUAAAUAUCCGGAAAACAAAUGCUAUUGUCCACGUAAUGAAUACUGCCCUCCUAAAGGACUUCAAAAUAUCAGCCCUUGUCAAUUUGAUGCUCCAGUAUAUAUCUCUUACCCCCAUUUUCUUGAUGCUGAUCCAAGUUUAAUCGAACAUGUAGAAGGACUCAAACCAGAUCGAGAAAAGCAUCAAUCGUACUUCAAAAUUCAACCUAAACUGGGAGUGCCAGUAGAAGGAAAGAUACGAGUGCAGUUGAAUCUGAAAGUUGAUCAGGCCCCAUACAUCGUCGCUGUUAAAAAUUUUCCAAGUAUGGUGUUUCCCAUCAUCUGGCUUGAAGAGGGAAUUGAUGACCUCACUCCGCCGAUUAGAAGAUGGAUAUACUUGGCUACGACUGUUGGAGACAUCGCUAGUCCACUUCUGACAUAUGGUUGCAUAUUUUUGGGUACUUGUGUUAUACUUGGAGCUUUCGUUAACGCAUACAAGUCUCUUCUGUUCACCAAGGAAACCAUUGAAAUAGGAAUGAAGAACAUUCGUAGGCGUAGUAGCGCAUACAUCUACAAUUCCAACAGAUUCAUUUCCAGAAGGGACACUUAUACAUUACUCGAUUUGGACGAAGAGGGCUCGACGAUGUAGUCUGAUAAAUCUUAAGCGGCCACAUUCAGAAAACUUAGAACAACUUACAAAUUAUUUUAGUUUCAACUCUUUAGUGUUGACUUGCCCCACCAACCCCCACAAAACGGCUGGGAUUAGAUUGUACAUUAGAGUUAGAUUUUACCGCAAUUUGAUUUAGUUCUUCUUUGCAAUUGCAGGAACUAGUUGUAUUUCGUCUCUGAGAGUACAUCGUUAAGACGUUGAUUACGAAUCUCUUUGAAGCAGUAGAGUUGUAGUUUUUAUCGUAUUGCGGUAAUUGUUUAAAACUACAAAAAAUUGGAGAACAAGAAAAUCAACACCAGUUUGAAAAUUGUCUAACAAUGCCACUGAACAUUGAGGUAACUUGAGUUAGUAUAAGUGACAACGACAAAGUGAAAACAACUACUUCAUCUUAAAAGUACCUACUUUAAAAACUUUAUUUAUGAUUUUUGUAAAGUAACUUGACAUUUUUUGAUGGAAUGAAAUUACAAAUUAAUCAACCUAAUGACAUAUUUUUUAAUAUCGACACUACUCUUCCUUCCAGUUCAAAUGUAUGUGAAGAUUUUUUUUUUGAAAAACAAGCGAAUACUCUUUCUAAUUUUCAUUGUCAAGUUUCAAGUUGUAUAUAUAAAUAUGAAACUUUUUUGGUCCUGAUAUAUGCAUUCAUGUAGUCAUAAACUUAGAUCAUUGUGGUUAGCCAAAAAGAUCAAGGGUAGGUAUUUUAAUUAUUUACAAAAUGAGUUUUACUUUUUUGAUAUUAGUUUUACUCUUUUGAGGUCUGAAAGUAAUUUAUAAAGUUCUUAUGAAAUAUUCUGGAAUAAUUAAUUUUGUAGCAGAAUAAAAAACACCCCUUUUUGCUCAAUUUAGAAAUAUAAUGUGAUAGAGAAAGUGCAAAAUAUUUUGCCUUUUUUACUAUUAUUUUACCUAGAAAAUAUAUAUUUAUAUCAUAA